AUGACUGUUCAGGAAAAAAUAGAGCUUUUUGACUUCUUGGAAUCCUUGGCUAAUUCCUCUUACUUUAAUUUUAUGGAUAUAAAAGUUACUCCAAGCAUUGAGAAGCACAAUAUCGACCCAAUGGACUACAUGCACAUAAUUUACAACCUCACUGAAAAUUACCUUCUAUUGUCAGAAAACAGUAUUCGCGUCCAUGCUAUAUGCGAUCUUUGGCUUGUACAUAGUCAGCAAAUUUUGACCGAGUGGGGAAUAUGUUACUCUACUAACAAUUAUUUAAUAGACGAGUUAUCUACAAGUAAUCUGCUGCAUGGUAAAAAACCCCCUAAAAAUCCGUAUGAGGAUACACCAAAAUUUCAUCAGACGAUCAGUAUGAAUGUGUUUGAUGGUGAUGGAAUAUAUUUUUUUACGGGAUUUAAAGGUCCAAUCCAGAUCUAUGUUCAUGGAGCACACGAAGUAAUGAAUUUUGAAAGACGAAUGGGACUAACUUCAAUACCCCUCGAGUGUAUAGCUACAUUUUAUGAUAUCACCGCGUCUGAUGAUUUUGGAAAAAACUUUGUUAGUCCUAAAAACGAUGGUUUGGUUGGUUUGCUUCCUUUGCAAUUAACUCUUUUUGAUUUAUUUUUAAAUAGGUCUACCACAGUCGAGCAGAGAAAAUGUCGGUUUCCACAUGAAUCGAAUUUGACCCAUUUCCCCAUCUACACAAGAAAUCUCUGCUACCAAGAGUGUCGAAUAAACUUAGCUUAUAAAUUGUGCAAAUGUAUUCCACAUUUUUAUCCAAACCGAGGAGCAUUAAAGCCAGUUUGUCAUUACAAGGUUUUGAAAGAAUGUCUCUCUAAGUAUACCGGAGUAUUCGAAAAUCUAAACCAAAUAAAGAACCUCUCAUUGGAUAUCAAGUGUAACUGCUUAGAAAACUGCAGAAGUUCAGAAAUUCUGGAAAAAAUAAUUAGCCCCAUGUCAGAUUCUACUGAUCUUAUGCAAAAAAAUGGAAUUGUCAUUAUGAUGAAAUCUAAUCCAAAAAUCAGAUACAGAAGACAAAUCAUUUUUACACUAACUGAUUUACUAGUAUCUAUUGGCGGAACUGCUGGUUUUUUUCUCGGAUCUAGCGUUUUAAGUGCAGUGGAGAUUAUAUACUAUUUCACGUUUCGUCUACUCUGGCAUUGCUUUGGUUUGAAGGAAUAGGUCUCACAUGAAAUUUAAACAAACAAUCUUAUAUUAAUAAUUAAAAAGUUUAGCUCCAAUUUAUUCACUUCACACUCCAUUAUAUUGAAAAUGACAAAUCUGUCAAAUCGUAGGUAUAGGUAAAAUUAUUUCGCAUUUGAAAUGGGAAAUUUAAAUUUAAUGCAGUUUGAAAUUGGGCCUUAGUCCAGUAAGAUUAUCAAAUCCGGAUCCUGCAUAAGAUCCAGUUUAGUAAUUUUUGGCAGAGUUGCUUUUAAAGCUAUAGCCCAAUGUGCGUCAAAUUCGGUGAUGUGUGGUUCUCAUACAUACCCUUAAUUGAAUUUGGCAAAGAAACACAGCCAUAUUGAUUGGCCAAGUACUUUUUAUAAGAAAAAACAAAGAAUUAGGUGGAAAAAAAAAACUUUUGUUUUAGUAAAACUUCUUGUUUCUUAAAUUAUAAGAUUUCAUAUUCAUCUCUUUCACUAGUUAAAAUAUAAA